UGAUUCUAUCUAAUACCCUCUGUUCCACCAAUAUCACAUAUUAGAAAGCAUGGGCUUUGCUAGCUUCACCGAUGAGUAUACUUCCCCCAUAGCUCCUUCGAGGCUCUUCAAGGCAUCCAUCAUUGACUCUCACAACUUGGUCCCGAAACUCUUGCCCCAAGGUAUUAAGAGCAUUGAGCUUGUUCAAGGUGAUGGAGGAGCCGGAAGCAUCAAGCAAGUCAACUUUAUUGAUGGCCGCAAUUUCAAUAGUGUCAAGUAUCAUAUUGACGAGCUGAGUGAAGAAAAGUACACUUAUAACUAUACAUUACUGGAAGGAGAUGCCUUGGUGGAAAAGCUUCAAAAAAUAACUUACGAGGUUAAGUUUGAAUCAUCACCUAGUGGCGGUACUAUCUCUAAGGUGACAAGCAAGUACUACACUGACGGGGAUUUCAUGCUCAAGGAAGAGGACAUCAAAGCGGGCAAGGAAAAGGUACUGAUGAUGUACAAAGUUGUGGAAGCCUACCUUCUCCAAAACCCUGAUGCCUAUGCCUAGAUUUUCAUUGCAUGACAAGUCUUCUGUUCUCCCCAGCGGAUUCACAUGUAUUGGCCUAUUCCGUCCUGGAUUGAUGAAAUAGUUGUUUUUAUGAUUUAUCGUUUUCUUUUCAAAGUUUGAGGUUUGCUUUUUCUGUUUGAGAAUAAAGAGAGGCAACUUGUUUGGCUCUGUUCUAUACGAUUUAUGUUUCAAAUUAUGUAUUUGCAUCCUUAAAUUUAAUAAAA